GUCGAACCGGCGCUCGGGCCAAAUCAGCUUUCAGAAGCCGCCAGAAAGCAGGCAGCCGAGGAGGGGAUCGUUAUAGAAAAGUAGAAAAAGGCCUAUGAUUCUAGCCUUAAAUAGUAGAGAUCGAAACAGAGUAAUACAGAUCACUCAGGCUCAAUAGUACUGUGGAUCUUCUUCGAGCGCAUACAGUACUGUAUUUUGGUCUCUUUCUUGCUGAAUUUGACCCUGGUAUUUUAUUUGGUGGUCGGAUUACCUGCCCCAUACAGUACCUGGAAAAAAAGUUACUCAGCCAUUGGGCUCCCUAUUAUUCUCCAUUCUCGAUUCUCUUAUCCAAAAAAGAGAUUCGUCUUCCUUCUAUCUCCCCCUCCCCCUCCUUUCAUUCCUGAUUUCUUUGAUCUCCUGGGUGUCGCCUUCUUCUUCUGUCGCUCUGAGGUUUCAGUGAUUCCUCUUUCUCCUCGACUUCCCUGCCUCUCCUCUUAUAACUUUACUCAUCUCUUCCCUACCUCCACAUUCUUUCGCCUGAGCCAGACAUCAUGGUCAAAGACACCAAGUACUACGAGUGCCUGGGAGUUGAUCCCUCGGCUACUGAAGCCCAGCUGAAGAGCGCCUACAAGAAGGGUGCCCUGAAGUUCCACCCUGACAAGAACAAGAACAACCCCGAGGCCGCGGAGAAGUUCAAGGAGCUGUCGCACGCCUACGAGAUUCUUUCCGACCCCCAGAAGCGCCAAAUCUACGACCAAUAUGGUGAGGAGGGUCUGGAGGGCGGCGGUGCCGGUGGUGGUAUGAACGCCGAGGACCUGUUCUCGCAGUUCUUCGGCGGCGGCGGUGGAUUCGGUGGAAUGUUCGGUGGUGGCAUGCGCGAUACCGGUCCCAAGAAGGCUCGCACCAUUCACCAUGUGCACAAGGUUAACCUGGAGGAUAUCUACCGCGGCAAGGUCUCCAAGCUGGCCCUGCAGAAGUCCGUCAUCUGUUCCGGCUGCGAGGGCCGUGGUGGCAAAGACGGUGCCGUCAAGGAGUGCUCGGGCUGUAACGGUAGCGGUAUGAAGACCAUGAUGCGCCAGAUGGGUCCCAUGAUCCAGCGCUUCCAGACCGUCUGCCCUGACUGCAAUGGUGAGGGUGAGAUCAUCCGGGAGAAGGACCGCUGCAAGAAGUGUAACGGCAAGAAGACCGUUGUCGAGCGCAAGGUGCUGCACGUCCACGUUGACAAGGGUGUGCGCGACGGCCACAAGAUUGAGUUCCGCGGCGAGGGUGAUCAGAUGCCCGGUGUCAUGCCUGGCGAUGUUGUCUUUGAGAUCGAGCAGAAGCCCCACCCUCGCUUCCAGCGCAAGAACGACGACCUCUUCUACCAAGCCGAGAUCGAUCUUCUGACCGCUCUUGCCGGCGGCUCCAUUCACAUUGAGCAUCUCGACGAGCGGUGGCUGACCGUGAACAUCGCCCCUGGCGAGGUUAUCGUUCCUGAUGCUAUCAAGGUCAUUCCCGGCCAGGGUAUGCCCUCCUUCCGCCACCACGACUUUGGCAACCUUUACAUCAAGUUCGACGUCAAGUUCCCGGAGAAGGACCAGCUGCGGAACCUCGAGCUGCUCGAGCAGGUGCUGCCCCCUCGCUUGCAGCAAAACCAGCCCCCGGCCGAUGCGAUGGUUGAGGACUUCGAGCUCGAGGAUAUUGAUGCCAACGAGAACUCGCAGGCCCGCGCUCACGGUGCUGGCUCCGCCAUGGACGAGGACGAUGAUGACGUUCCCCCCGGUGCUGAGCGCGUGCAGUGCGCCUCGCAGUAAACGCGAGGACCCUGCGUAACCACGCCGUGUGAAUGAUUCGAGGAAGCUGAAAAUCAAAAGGUCAAAUGUUUGGGCCGACUUGACGAAACUUCGCUUAUGAUACCAUGUGAAGGGGCACCGGCCGUCCCUCUCCAUUCUAGGAACUGGUGAGAUAGAGAUGUGUCCGGAGCCGUGAUGUCUUUUUCUUUUCUUUCGUAUCCCAUCAUGGGGUGGAUGGGAUAAUGCAAUCCACCACGCCAAUCUAUCUUUUCUGCUUUGCGAUGGCGUUCGCUGUGAUGAGACUUGAAGACCGAUGGCCUUUUGCUUUGCGCCGUUAUUUGUUGCCUCUUUUCAACCUAUUUCGUAAUCUCCUUAUUCUUCGCACCGGGCCAUGAUCUGACGUUCGUCUUCUCCGCUUGAUUUCUUUUUCCUUUGUCUAUCUUCGGAUUCCUUUUCUCGAGUGCCGGCGGGAGGACACGGAGCAGACGACACGGUCUUGGCCCACCGCCGGUGAUGGUGACUGCGUCGUGGACGCCAGCUUGGAUUUGACUAGAAUUGCAAGCCAGGGGAUCUGCGUCGAGGUAUGAGAAGUGAGCGGUCUUUGCGUUGUCGGUGUCCGAUAGUCGACUCUGGAUGGGCAUUGAGGGAUGACCUUGGAUGUUUCUUUCUUCUUGAUUGUGCUUUUCUUUUGUUUUCUUUCCUAGCAUGCACUGAUGACGACUCGGAAUAGACAUUGCGUUGCUUUUUGUUUAAUGCAUUAUCAUUCACAGCAUGAUUUCGUGAUUGCGGAUUCGUAGGUCGGUUUUCGUAGGUCGGUUUUCGUAACUGGUUUUGGUAGCUCGAUGUCUGUGCCCGGAUUUAUCACAUACCAUGUGUGCGAGUUUCUCUGGGAAAUACCUAGACUUUAUUGAUUGUUGUUCCAUUGACCUAAUUUUGCCAAUAUCAUAUCAUCAAGGUCUGGAAGACAAUUGUUGACCCCGGUCAAGAGGCGAGCCGUGGAGAUGUAUGAUCACCCUUACGAGACCAGAAAGCAAGUCCACACUUCAAUUCAGAGAGAUGAUAGCUUAGGUUUCCAGGAUGGGC